AUGCCAACUUAUUACGAUACCAUCAUCAGUCCUUCGGGCGAGAGCCUUUCUAGCGAAGCCGCAGAAGUCAUCUCCGAGGCCAACCGCCAGCGCUCACCUCUUCUUCGCCUACCUGCUGAGCUACGAAACAAGAUCUACGAAUACGCGCUCGGUGGUAUGGACCUUCGCAUCUCCUACAGAAACAGGGAACUAGGCCUCGUUGCUGCAAUGUUUUAUAAUACGCCCGUCUGGUUCACAUCUCUCCAUCGACUCGUUGGCUUGACACUCGUAUCUCGGCAGCUCUACGCGGAGACCAAGAUUCUACCAUUCGAGCUAUGCACCAUGCUUGCCCUGAGGUUCACGUUCAAUGACCUGAUAGAGAGACUGAACAUCACUCAGCGCCAGGCCAUAUCAACAAUACGUGCGCAUUACCGGGACGCCUGUAAUGGCACAGCAUGGGAAGAUUGGCCAGCGGUCAGGUCGCUGAAGGGGUUAAAGUGUGUGGUAGUCUUUGGCUGUCCAACCAUGGAGCAAUUGAAGCCUGGAAGUCUAAUCGAGACUAUCGAGAAGGGACUUGGUCGAGACGAUGUAGACGUCCUGCUCGAGUUUGAGAGGUGA